AUGCACUUCUCCCUCGCCUCCGUCCUCCUCGCCCUCGCGGUCACCGUCAGCGCGGCGCCCGCCGACCUCGAGCGCCGUGCCGCUGCCACCUGCGGUAGCCAGUACUACUCGGCCGCCCAGGUCAACGCGGCCUCCGUCGCCGCCUGCAACUACUUCCGCAGCGGCAGCACGGCGGGCAGCUCCUCCUACCCGCACCGCUACAACAACUACGAGGGCUUCUACUUCCAGGGCCUGGACGGACCCUACCAGGAGUUCCCCAUCCUGCCCAGCGGCCUCUACACUGGCGGAUCCCCUGGAGCUGACCGCGUUAUCAUCACCGAGGCUUCGUGCCGCCAGGCUGGUACUAUCACCCACACGGGCGCGAGCGGGAACAACUUUGUUGCUUGCUCUGGCACCUCGUAA